GAUAACAAUUCCCUUUUGUUAGUUGGACAUUUACUGUCGUAUAAAUAAAACGUGUUACACCAAAUAUUAUAUUUAGAAUUUCAUACAAAAUGGUUACUAGAAGUUUUGCGUUUUCUUUGGUGUUCUUCGUGGUGUUUGUGGAUGUGGUUUUUGGUAAAUAUGUGGAUAAAAGAAAAUGUCCUGAAGUACGAGCGGUGCCACAUUUUGAUUUGCCUCAGAUGCUCGGUGAUUGGUACGUAGUUGAAUACUACGCCAGUGCAGAAGAAGCACUCUCAUACAGUUGUAUGAGGGCAGUGUUUACGCAAGACGAUCAUAUAGCAGCUGCAGAUGGCACAGUAGAAUGGACACCAGGUGUGACAAUGAACUUCACAUAUCGAUUUGCCGAUGAUCCUCUCGGAGAAAAUCUCCUUGGAAAUAUUACAUGGAAGGUGGAUUUAAACGAACCUGCACAUUGGACUCACUCGGAAAUCACUUAUGAUGGUAUAUACAACACUUAUGUGCUGGACACAGAGUAUAAAACAUGGGCUUUGCUUCUACAUUGUGCUGAACAGAGAGAAGGAACAAGAUGGCUCAGUGCAUUCAUACUCUCGAGGACUACCAAGCUACCUAAAAAUGUUAUGGCCUACCUGAGGGACAAGCUGCCGAGGUACGACGUAGAUGUGAAAUAUGUUUUCCCCAUUUCACAUGGCGACUGCUCUUCCAAACCCGCCAAAGCUGACUUCAGUCCUAUAUUUGUAGAAGUUGGUAGCAAAGUCCCAAGGAAACCAGGAAUUUCUUAUAACGUUGGUUUAGGAUAUUAGGAC